AUGGGUCACCCGGCCGGUCUUCGCGCAGGCACUCGCUAUGCCUUCUCUCGGAACUUCCGUGAGAAGGGUAUGAUCAAGCUGUCUACCUACCUCCGACAGUACAAGGUUGGCGACAUCGUCGACAUCAAGGCGAACGGUGCUGUUCAGAAGGGUAUGCCUCACAAGGUCUACCACGGCAAGACCGGCGUCAUCUACAACGUCACCAAGUCCGCCGUCGGCGUCAUCAUCUACAAGAAGGUCAAGCACCGGUACAUCGAGAAGCGCGUCAACCUCCGGAUAGAGCACGUCUCGCCCUCCCGAUCCCGCGAGGCCUUCCUGCGAAGGGUCAAGGAGAACGCCGAGCUGAAGAAGAAGGCGCAGGCCGAGGGCAAGCACCUGCAGCUGAAGAGGCUGCCCGCCGCUCCCCGGGAGGCCAGGACCGUCUCGAUCAAGGACAACAAGCCCCUGACCGUCGCCCCCGUCGCUUACGAGACCACCAUCUAG